GCGGCUCGGGGACCUGGAGGGAAUCCCGGCGGCGGCGGAUGCUGCCAGUACCAUGACCUCCCCGGGUGGGUCAAGCUUUGCCCCUGGAAUGCUCUCAGGGGGCACCUCCCCCAGCGGUGAUGAGGGCUUCUUUCCCUUUGUGCUGGAGCGGCGGGACUCAUUUCUGGGAGGGGGCCCAGGGCCCCAGGAGCCCGAGGACCUGGCUCUGCAGCUGCAGCAGAAGGAGAAGGACCUGCUGUUGGCAGCAGAACUUGGCAAGAUGCUUCUGGAGCGCAACGAGGAGCUGCGACGGCAGCUGGAGACGCUGAGUGCCCAGCACUCGGAGCACGAGGAAAGGCUUCAGCAAGAGAAUCAUGAGCUCCGCAGGGGCCUGGCAGCCCGGGGUGCUGAGUGGGAGGCCAGAGCCGUGGAGCUAGAGGGGGACGUGGAGGCUCUUCGAGCCCAGCUGGGGGAACAGCGCUCGGAACAGCAGGACAGCGGGCGAGAGCGUGCGCGGGCCCUCAGUGAACUCAGCGAGCAAAACCUCCGGCUCAGUCAGCAGCUGGCCCAGGCCUCGCGGACUGAACAGGAACUUCAGCAAGAGCUGGAUACCGUUCGAGGGCAGUGCCAGUCCCAGGCCCUGGCUGGGGCAGAGCUGAGGGCCAGGCUGGAGAGUCUGCAGGCUGAGAACCAGAUGCUGCAGAGUCGCCGGCAGGAUCUGGAGGCCCAGAUCCGCGGCCUUCGAGAGGAGGUGGACAAGGGCCAGGGCAGGCUGCGGACCACCCACGAGGAGCUGCUGCUGCUUCGCAGAGAGAAGAAGGAGCAUACGCUGGAGCUGGAGCGCGCGCGCUUCGAGGCCGCCGAGGCCCUGGGCGCACUGCAGAGGCUGCGGCGGCACGUCUCGGAGCUGGAGGAGGAGUCGCGGCUCCAAGACGCCGACGUUUCGGGUGCCUCUCUGCAGUUGGAGAUCGCCCACAGCCUCGAUGGUGACCAAGACCACACCACCAAUGGGUACCGAGACCCCCAGACCAUGUCCACAGAGACCCAAGAGGCGUCUAGCCCCCAGCCUUCACCCCAGGAGGAGAGCAUGGAAUCCCCCAAGAAGCGAGCAUCCCUGAGCUCAGUGGAGAUACUGGAGGAGAAAGCAGCGGAGGUGGCCAGGCUGCGGGAUGAGAUCACGCUGCAGCAGACCGAGCUGCAGACCCUGCGGGACGAGCUGCAAAGACAGAAGGAGCUGCGGGCGCAGGACGAUCCGGGGGAGGCUCUGAGCAGCGCGCUGUCGGACCGGGACGAGGCUGUGACCAAGGCCCUGGAACUGUCCCUGGAGCUCGGCCGCGUCUCCCUGGAGCGGGACUCUCUGUCCCGGGAGCUGAUGCGCACCAUCCGCCAGAAGGUGGCGCUGACGCAGGAGCUGGAGGCCUGGCAGGAUGAUAUGCAGGUGGUGAUUGGGCAGCAGCUGCGAUCCCAGCGCCAGAAGGAGCUGAAUGAGGCCGCUGCAGCCCCACGCCGUGCCAAGACCCGGUUCUCGCUGCGCGUAGGCCCUGGUCCAACAGGGGGCUUUCUCAGUAACUUCUUCCGAAGGACCUGAGGGCUAUACUGCCUCUGCCCACUCUGGGGUUCACAUUCCUCUAAUGACCAAUGGAGCCGCAGGGGCCCGGAUGUCUUCCAAGUGAGGCUGAAGGCCCUUCUGCCCCAGGAGGCUGGGCAGGGGCUCUUCGGGAGGAGGGGCCAG